CCUCUCCGCUUCUGUGCCGCAGAGGACGGGCCGCGCCUCGAGGGAGCGCUGGCCGAGCUGACCGCGGAGCCCGACCUUCCCGUUGUGUUUGUGACGCGCAGAGAGCUAGGCGGCCAUGGUCCGACCCUGAAGUGCCUUGUGCUGAAGGAGGAGCCUCUGCCAUAAUGCCGGUUGAGGAAUACUGGCUGUGUCUGCCAGCCUCUCAUGUUAGACCUUUUGUGCAGACCAUCAGGGUCACGCAGACUUGUCCCCACUGGUGCUGGGUUCCAGGUGUUCUGCCUUGCGUCCCUGGGCCAUCCUGUGUGCCUGCCAUGCUGCCAUGGGGCAGCCCCAGUGCCGUGCCUCCUCUUCCACCUCUUCUUCUUCCUCCUCCUCUUCCUCCACCACCACCACCACCACCACCACCACCAUCACCACCACCAUCUUCCUCUAUUGCACCCCCUUCCACAUCCCAAGCAUCCUGUUCUUCUGACCCCAAGCUCAGCCUUUCACCCCCAACAUGAGGUAGGCAGGAGAAAAAUGUAAAGUCUAGGCUGGCUUAUCAAGAGGGCAGACUUCAAAAGCUACUAAACAUGAACGGCUCUAAGGACCCUGCGGAGUCCUACGACUAUGAUCUCAUCAUCAUUGGAGGGGGCUCCGGAGGACUGGCCGCUGCUAAGGAGGCAGCUAAAUAUAACAAGAAGGUGAUGGUCUUAGAUUUUGUCACUCCAACUCCUCUUGGAACUAAAUGGGGUCUCGGAGGAACAUGUGUGAAUGUGGGCUGCAUACCGAAGAAGCUGAUGCACCAGGCAGCUUUGCUAGGACAGGCCGUGCGGGACUCUCGGAACUAUGGCUGGAAUGUGGAGGAGACCGUGGGACACGACUGGGGGAAGAUGACCGAAGCCGUGCAGAACCACAUCGGCUCUCUGAACUGGGGCUACCGCGUGGCCCUGCGGGAGAAGAAGGUCACCUAUGAGAACGCCUACGGGCGGUUUGUGGGUCCUCAUAGGAUUAAGGCAACGAAUAACAAAGGCAAAGAGAAAAUUUACUCAGCAGAGAGAUUUCUCAUUGCUACCGGUGAAAGGCCACGUUACUUGGGCAUCCCUGGUGACAGAGAAUACUGCAUCAGCAGUGAUGAUAUUUUCUCCUUAUCUUAUUGCCCGGGGAAGACCCUGGUGGUCGGAGCAUCCUAUGUCGCUUUGGAAUGUGCUGGGUUUCUUGCUGGCAUUGGUUUAGAUGUCACUGUUAUGGUACGAUCCAUUCUCCUGAGAGGAUUUGACCAGGACAUGGCCAACAAAAUUGGUGAACACAUGGAGGAACAUGGUGUCAAGUUUAUAAAACAGUUUGUACCAAUAAAGAUUGAACAAAUUGAAGCUGGGACACCAGGCCUACUCAAGGUGGUAGCUCAGUCCACCAAUAGUGACCAAACCAUCGAAGGAGAGUACAAUACGGUAUUGCUGGCAAUAGGAAGAGAUGCUUGCACAAGAAAUAUUGGCUUAGAAACUGUGGGUGUAAAGAUAAACGAAAAGAAUGGAAAAAUACCUGUCACGGAUGAGGAGCAGACCAACGUGCCUUACAUUUACGCCAUUGGCGACGUUCUGGAGGGGAAGCCGGAGCUCACCCCUGUAGCCAUCCAGGCAGGAAGGCUGCUGGCUCAGAGGCUCUACGCUGGCUCCACAGUCAAGUGUGACUAUGAAAAUGUUCCAACAACUGUAUUUACUCCUUUGGAAUAUGGUGCUUGUGGUCUUUCUGAAGAAAAAGCUGUGGAAAAAUUUGGGGAAGAAAAUAUUGAGGUUUACCAUAGCUACUUUUGGCCACUGGAAUGGACGGUUCCAUCAAGAGAUAGCAACAAAUGCUACGCAAAAAUAGUCUGUAAUAUGAAGGACAGUGAACGAGUUGUGGGCUUCCACAUACUGGGUCCAAACGCUGGAGAAGUCACACAAGGCUUUGCAGCCGCGCUCAAGUGUGGCCUGACCAAGCAGCAGCUGGACAGCACCAUCGGGAUCCACCCCGUCUGCGCAGAGAUCUUCACGACCCUGUCGGUGACCAAGCGCUCCGGGGCGAGCAUCCUGCAGGCCGGCUGCUGAGGUUAAGCCCCAGUGUGGAUGCUGCUGCCAAGACUCCACCCACUGAGGUGUUUCCCUGCCCAAGUCCAAGGUGAAGUUCUCAGGGAGCUUCUUUGGCUUCGACACCUGUGUGUCCUGGGCCUGUGUCGCCCGAGGCACCCUUGGAUCUCACGGGUAGGAGGUGGUGAGUGGAAGGCGGGCAGCAUCACACUGGGGUCACCACGACAGACUCGAAACUGACCUUCGGCAGUGCACCGCAGGGUGCGUCCAUGAAGUCACCGGCCUGAAGCCCCCGCGGUGGGCCGUGAUGGAACUACUGGCGGAGCAGUUUUAGCAAUUUCUAUUGUAAUUCUCUUUGAUACGCUUCUAUUAUUGAUUCUGUUUUCUCCAAGGUGUUAAUGAUACUAGAAUGAAAAAAAAAAUGUUAGUGCUCGAUUUUUGUGCAAAGCAAGUCUUGGCUUGAGUAUGCUCGUGCGUGCCUCGUGCUUGGGAGGCGUGGUUUGGCUCACUUGGAGGCCGAAAGGCCCGUCCCCUGAUCCACAACUGCCCUGGGACUCCGAUGUUCUGUUCUACUCAACUGACCCGUGCAGCGUCUCCCCUCACAAGUUACAUGGUCAAGCAAGUAGAUGUGUGGCUGGCUCUGGCCACGUCUGCCCCAUGUGCUCCAUCGCCAGUUACUGGUUUUCUUUCUGCUUAGGAGCGGAAAUGGCGACUUGGCCAGCCCAUCUGGGCGAUACGCCCCGCACAGACCUGAGCGGCCCAGCACGAUCGCCGUCAUUAUUCACCGUGGGGCCAGAUGUGCUCCUUAAAUGGGGAGAAACUUGACGUGUCUUUACUGAGUUUGUUGCACUCAGGUCUAAGUGAGCUGAAAUGCUUAGUACUUGUUUAGAACCUGUUUUUGAGGGGGUAGCUUUAGCUUUCAGCUAAAAGCA